UUGUCGCGGCGGGUGAAUCAAUUGCAUGCGCGACACUGACGUGUGUCGCGCAUCUGCACGUCAAAUCUGUGUGCAGCUCGAGUCGCCUCUCAAUCCGAGCAAACAGCAUCGAUAUGAUCCUCGACAUCGCACAUUUCUUGCAGCCUCCAAUCGGAUAUGUAUAUCAUUAAGCCUUCGUGGCUGCGCCAUAGUGGCGAGCAGAAGGAUUUCGAAGUCUACAGUUGCCACAUUUCGCCAGAUGGCUCCCGCCUAGCGACAGCCGGAGGAGAUGGACACGUCCGCAUCUGGUCGACCGAUGCCGUCUACAACUCGAGCGACCCCGACUACGACAAGCCACGGCAGCUUUGUCACAUGAGCCACCACCUGGGCACCAUUCACUCUGUCCGCUUUUCGCCGAACGGCCGCUACCUAGCAUCUGGGGCCGAUGACAGAGUUAUUUGCAUAUACCAGCUCGACCGCAGCCCACCUUCCCACGCAGCAACAUUUGGUACAAACGAACCGCCGCCGAUAGAGAACUGGAAGACGCACAAACGCCUCGUCGGCCAUGACAGCGACGUCCAAGACCUUGCCUGGUCCUACGACAACUCCAUUCUCGUCUCCGUGGGACUGGACUCCAAAGUGGUUGUAUGGUCGGGCCACACCUUCGAGAAACUGAAGACAAUCACCGUACACCAGAGUCAUGUCAAAGGCAUCACAUUCGACCCGGCGAACAAGUACUUCGCUACCGCGGGCGACGAUCGACACAUCAAGAUCUUCCGCUUUACGCCUCCGCCACCGAACGCCACCCAACACGAUAUGGUGAAUAACUUUGUCCUCGAAACCACCAUCAGCGCGCCGUUCAAGAGUUCGCCGCUCACAACAUACUUCCGGAGGUGCAGUUGGUCACCGGAUGGCAACCAUAUCGCAGCGGCCAACGCAGUGAACGGUCCGGUGAGCAGUGUUGCGAUCAUUGAGCGCACCAGAUGGGAUUGUGAUAUCAACCUCAUCGGCCACGAAGCGCCCACAGAAGUCUGCAUGUUUUCUCCGCGUUUGUUUCAUACGCAGAAGCCGAGCGAGACAGGGUCGGGCGAUAAGGCGUCUUCGGGGCUUGUGACGGUCAUUGCAUCCGCUGGGCAGGACAAGACACUGAGUAUCUGGAACACCACUACCUCGAGGCCGGUCGUCAUCGUGCAAGACGCGGCUUCGAAAUCAAUCUCGGAUCUCGCCUGGACCCCGGACGGCCAGACACUGUUUGCCUCGAGUUUGGAUGGCAGUAUUGUUGUGGUCAAGUUCGAGGUGGGCGAGUUGGGCUGGGUCGCAACCUCGGAGGAGAAUGACAAAGCGCUGCAAAAAUACGGCGGAUCGAGGAAGGGGAUGGGGACCGCCGAGGAUGUUGACGGUCUUCACCUGGAGAAUCACAGCAAAGAGGGAGAGCUGCGGGGGGCCGAGUCGAGGAUGGGUGCUCUUAUGGGAGACUUCGAACCUGCAGACAAAAAAGAAACGGCCGCCACGAACGGCACGAAGCCGGCCGCCAAAGAUGCCGCCGCUAACGGCAUCGGAGAAGAGAGCACGAGAAAUGAAGCGCCAAAGAAGGCGGCCCCUUCCGAGGAGAGCGCAGAGAAGAAGGCUGAACGAAUAGCCGAGUUGAAGUCUCGCGUGCAGGUUACGAAGGACGGGAAGAAGCGCGUGGCUCCCUUGCUCGUCUCCUCUUCUGCCACCGGCCUCCUAUCAUUACCUCAGUCGCAGCUGGUUGGCGCGAAGUCAACAAAACCAACACAGAAUGAUACGCCGCAAACAAUACUGGACCUCUCCAAGCCGUUCCACGGUCUACCCAGGGGUGGUAUCGCCACGAUGCUGCUCGGAAACAAGAGGAAAGCUGCUGCGAUGGAAGGAGAGGAAGAAGAAGACUCGCCGAACAAACGGUCGUCGGCAGCCCCUGUACCGAUCAUGGUCGACACGCCGGACGGCCUGGAACCUGCCCUUCUGACAGCACCGGCUCAAGGUGUUGUGCCCACGCCAGAGUACCUUCGGCCGGCCGUCGUCAACCCCGCUAUCUCUCUGUCCCAGGUGAGGCUAGCUGUUCCCAAGGUACGAUCCCAUAUCCUCAGGCCUCUUGAGAGAGGCGUCCUUCAAGGAGAGUCGAGUCUUGAGGAGGCAUCCAAGGUACCCGAGAACAUCAUUCUCGAGGCCAGAAACCCCGCCAGACUCCGCGAGCCGUCACGCAUCACGGCCACCAAACGCGGCACGCUUCUAUGGCAGGAUUUCCUCCCACGCGCCAUUAUUCUCGUCACCGGGAACAAGCACUUCUGGGCUGCCGCUUGCGAGGACGGCUCUCUCCACACAUGGACACCGGCGGGCCGCAGACUCCUCAACGGCAUCAUCAUGGAAUCCCAGCCGGUCAUCCUGGAAUCCCGCGAGCACUGGCUUCUCUGCAUCACCUCGGCCGGCCUCUGCUACGUGUUUGACAUCAAGACCAUGUCAGCCCCCCACCCACCCGUCUCUCUCAGCCCAAUCCUCGAUAUCGCCAUCACUUCGCUCUCCUCCGAGGGUGCCAGUCCCGGACCGGGCGUCACCUCGGCGCACCUCAACAGCGUCGGGGCCAUUGUCGUCACGCUUAGCAACGGUGACGGCUUCUACUACUCGUCCAGCAUGCAUGCCUGGCAGCGGCUGAGCGAGUCGUGGUGGGCGCUAGGUAGCCAGUACUGGAACAGCAACGACUCGUCCGUCAGCGCGCUUUCUUCCACCGCGGUCGGGCCGGUCACGAAGAACGGCGGGCCAGGCGACAAGACGACGUCAGAAGGCGAGGUCAGCGUGUCGGCUGGCAUCAUACCUUUCCUGGAACGGCAUACCACCACCGAGUUCCUGCUCAAGGGCCGCGCCUUCACCCUGCAGCGCAUGAUUAAGACUCUGCUGUCCAAGGACGGGUUUGAGGGGCUCGAGAGCACGGUGAGCGUGGCGCAUCUGGAGAACCGCAUUGCGGGCGCGCUGGCGCUCGAGGCCAAGGAGGAAUUCAGGUUGUAUCUGUUCAUGUACGCCAAGCGGAUCGGCGCCGAAGGCUUGAGGACCAAGGUCGAAGAGCUCCUGAAUAGCCUGAUGGGAGGCGUGCUGCAGGAAAAGGCGAGUGAUGCUAAGGGCUCUGAGGGCAAGGGGUGGUACAGCAAAGAGGUGACCCUCUGUGGUUGGGACAGGAAGGAGUUGUUGAAGGGGGUAGUGCUGAUAUUGGGCAAAUUCCGCGACCUGCAGCGGCUAACUGUUCAAUACGCGCGGAUUCUGGGGUUAACUGCCGGCUUUGAAGACGGCGGCGAGAACGGAGUCGAAGGGAUGGAGGUUGAGGAAUAAAUUGCCGUGGACAUGAGCGUUCCUUUGCCCUGGCUAUCCUCGAACAAACAGCAGCCCGACGCUUGUGCAAUUCCGAAGGCGGGCAGCGCUUCAGGUGCUACCUGCUAGGCUUUCAGAGGCCGCCGCCAAGCAGUCCUUCUUCUCGCCUUCGUUCCCUGAAUCAUCAAGAAAUUCCCCUAUCUCCGGUUCUUGAACCAUCUCAGCCCGCACAUAGGCGCGGGCCUCCCUCUCGGUUAUUUCUCUUAUCGCGCUCUCGCUUCAGUCUGGACGGUCUACGGAUGGUAGGGUGGUGUUUGCAACUGGGUAGUGAAGCGGAUCGGCGUGCGGAUCGGGGUACGGAGUGGGCUGGGCCAAGGCUUUCGCUUGAUAGCGUUUGUUACUCUUCUGAGUCUUUCCAGGCUUUACGUCCUGGUACUCUAAUGUAUGGCACGUAAGAUCAUUGACGACCCCCGCGGGUCAUUUUCACAUCCCACCG